CUCAUUGAGGUAGACAGCCAAUAGGAGGAUAGCACAUGGCCCCAGUGUUAUCCAAACUGGACUCACUCCUGGCAGUAGUAUAUAAGAACCUCCUUGCUUAGGGUGAUCGUCAGGCUAACACAGCACAACCUAGUCUUCUAGAUAGACAGACAGAAGCAGAUCAGGAUCAGACUAUCUGUAAGAAGAUGCAGGCUGCCAUUGGUUUGCCGGCCGUGCUGCCUGUCGCUGCAAUGGGCAGCAGGCUGGCGGCGAGGCGGAGGAGCAUCGUCGCUGCCGGCACGAGAAGGUUAGCUGGCGGCGUCGUUCGUGCAGCGCCUACCGGGGCAGUGGAGGUGGACUACAGCUCUGACGUCUCGGUGUUUCCGAUGGAAGCAUGCGACCUGGUCGGCGGCGAGGCGUGUGAGGCGGCGGAGAUGUACCCGGAGACCAAGCUCGGCGACUCCGCAUCUGCUGCUGCUGCAAGCAAGGUGGAGGAGGUGGAGAGGGAGUACCUAUCCUACGACGAGGCUAAAACGGUGUUUCCGGGUGAGGCAUGCGACGAUCUUGGAGGCGAGUUCUGCGAGGCGCCCUACCAGACGGGAGUCUCCAAGGAGUAAAAGCCGUAGGAGCUACCUCUCCAUCGCUU